UUGAGUUCGAGCUGCCAUACGUAACGGUUGUUUUCAAAUUGAAGUGAAAUAUUCCAAUAAGUGAAAAAUAAUGUGAAAAAAAAAUACAAAAACAAAUGUAAGAAAAAUACCAACAAAAAAAUAAAUAUUGGAAUCGUACGAAAUAGUCUUGAGCAGACAAAAACAAUACCAGAUAAUACCAAUAAAAAUAAUAUAUAGACAGACACACAUAAAUUUACUGGUUUUUAUUUGUUUGCUUGUAUGAGCAUGUAUUACAUUUAAAUAAAACGAAAACUAGAAUAACAGAAGCGCGCGAAUUUUUUUGAAAACAUAAAAUAUUGCAAAAAAAAGAAAAAGAUUUAUUAACGAGAGAACGACGACGUAAAAUAACAACAAGAUAUUGUAACGGUAAAAUAUAAAAUAGUAAAUCAAUUUAUAUUUUAGUUUGAGCCAGUGCAAUAGUUAGUUGGUGGCUGUGUGUGAGUUUGUGCAUGUUUUUGACUUGUUUGAUUAAACUAACGUAACGUAAUAAAACGGAAAACGGAAGUGCUUUGUACAAUAUUUGCAAUAAACGUUAUAUGUGUGCAGUAGAGAAUUGGUGAAAGUGUGAGUGAGUGCAAUAUUUUAUGGACUUUUCAAGCAGCAAUUUAAAUUCCUUUACAAAAUAAUAACGCAUUUUAUUUCGUUUAAAUAAUACCUAUUUGAACAUUCAGUAAAGACAAGAAUAAAGUUCAGCUUUUUAAGAUCCAAUUUAAACUGAUUUUACUGAUAUAUGUGGCAUGUUAAUAACUAAAAAAUACAACUGAAUGCUAAAUUUGCUGAGUGCAAAAAACCCCCACUUGUGCUAGAUGUUCAUAAUUUUUUUUCCACAUUUUACACACAUAUCAAGCUUUAAUUAUAAAUAAAUAUUUUUAUUAAAUCAUUUAUUAAUAAAAAAGCGCUCAAUAAAAUAUUAAUUAAUUAAAACACUAAACAAAAUGCAAUGAAAACUAUGUGUAUGUAUAAAAUAUUUUUAAAAAAAUUAUAAAAAAAACAAAGUUAUUAAAAACAUAUUGAACGGAAAUAGAAAACGAAAACUAUAGACAAGCGUUGCAACAAGCAGCAUUAUGGAGAAAUUAAAAUUUCAAAAAUACAGUUUAAGAAGAAAACAACGAAGACGCCACACCAGCCUACGAAAUUAUGCAGCAUUUAUAAUUACAACCAUAUUUGUUGUAGUUACAGCCUCAUGUGUGAAAAGUGCUCACUUAAAUGUCAACACUAACUCAGCGCCAGCCAUAACAGCCUCAGCAUCAGAACUUGCAAUCUUACCAGCAGUUUCAUCCUCAUUGCCAGCAGAUUCGUUGUCCUUGCAAUCUGUACAAAAACUACAGCAUUUAACUGAAGAUGAAGAAGAUAUCAGAGCAGAGGCUGCAGAAGAAGCAGUGGAAAUAGAAUUACAAGAAUCGUCACUAUACAAUUUACCAGUGGUGAGGGAGUUGAAGGCUGCAACAACACUCUCAACCACCACCACCUCCAGCACCACCACAACAAUGAAUGCCUUAAAUACUGCCAUAGACACAGAUGAAAAUAUCCGCACAAACAGCCACACAAAUGCCCAAGAUAUCAACAGCAUAAAUACACAGCAACGAAGAAGAAAUAUUCCUACGCAUUCUGACAAAAAUUUCUCAUUACAAGAAAAUAUUUUACAACAGCAGCAGGAGCAGCAUACUAGACACCCACAGUAUCAACACCAGCAUUUUGAUCAUCAUCAGAAUCCACAGCAUCAUCAACAUCGAAGCCAUUAUGGCAACCAACAUAAACAACAGCAGCAACAACAACAUUUAACACCAACAUCUCAACACCAUCAUCAACACUCACACAACAACCAACAACAACAGCAACAACAUGAACCCCUGCAAAACAAUUACGAUGAUUCUGCUGCUGCUGGUGAUCAACUCGACCGAAAUUUUCACCACUCAGCCAUUAUAAGUGCGGACGAAUAUUACUCUCAAAUACCCUGGCACAAACAUCACAGCAAAUAUUCAAUUGAGGAUUUGUUGAGCAGUAAAUUCGAAAAGAAAAUUUCCAAUGACAUCGAUAUGGAUCCAUGUAAAGCGGGUGGUUUUAUGGGUGAUAUAGCUUUGCCUGAUGUGGAGUAUGAUGAUGAGGGUUAUCCCCUAGUGGCCAGUACUCAAGCCUGGGAGGAGCCCCAAGCUGAUGCUCCCAUGAAAGAGCCAGCCUCUAAAUACAAUGAGACCUUUCAAAAGGAACUGGAAAUUCUAAAGCAAGAAGUCUAUCAUGAAGGUUUACAGGUAGAGGAAGAAGGUCUUACCGAUAUCAUAAGAAGAAAAACUAAAUUGCCCAGUAAUAAGCCUGAACUAGAUAAUGAUCUUAUGCAGUCUGCCAAUGAAUUAAUAAAACCCUCCAGCAAUUAUGCCUCCAUCAAUUUGAAAAAUGAAGUUAUUUCCUCGGAAGAACAAACUUUGCCUGCACGCAAAUAUCCCAUAAUGUUAGAGACAAAAAAGCAUCUACAAAUUGAACAUACAAGCCCAGAUAAGGGGCCUUUGGAUAAAACAUUUAAUACCUCAGGUGAAAAAUACGACUUUAGCUUGUUGGCCAAGGAAAAAUCUCAAACUGAGGAGGAAAAAUACAAUAAAUCAUCGAUUGGUUUGGGUAAUCGUAAUGUGGAUCAACGUAAAAUCCAGUCGAAUACAAAAGAUAUUGAAUUGGAUACGGGUAAUAAUUUUGUAUCGGAACGUAAAGUGGUUAUAAUGCCCACAGCAUUGCCCUCACAACGAUCAACUCUACCCAAUGUGUAUAGUAAUGCUGGUGGUAAUGGCAUGAAAUUGGAUGAAAUUCAGGAGAUAAAGGGCAGCAGUACGAUUGUUAAGAGAAGACAUCGCAGGGGCAGGAAACAUAGACGCAGUUAUGGUCAUCACCAUCGCUCCGAGUACAAUGCAAAAUUACAACAAUUAAGAGAUGAACUCAAUCGACCAGUGGGCAAAUCUAGACAAACAAAAAAGUUACAGCAGCAAAAUCAUCACAUCGAAACUAAUGUAUUUUACAAUGAAAAAUUUAACAAUUUCAGCGAAGUAGAAAAUGAUACAUCCAACAAUGAAAUGAGAUAUUCCAAAAUGCCGGAAAACUUUAAUGAUGAAGACUAUGAUAGGCCAGUGGACAUAGUGCCUGCCUAUGAAGCCGAACAGGAAGAGGAUGAAUUUAGUUUUGUACGCGAACACAGACGCCUGCCAAGAGCUGUAACGGCGAAAAAAGAACGUGUCUGGGAUUAUGGUGUUAUACCCUAUGAAAUCGAUGGUAAUUUUAGUGGUCUGCAUAAGGCUCUGUUUAAACAAGCCAUGCGACAUUGGGAGAACUCGACUUGUAUUAAGUUUGUGGAACGAGAGCCAGAAAAUCAUCCCAAUUACAUUGUUUUCACUAUACGUGGCUGUGGUUGCUGUUCGUUUGUUGGCAAGCGUGGCAAUGGUCCACAGGCCAUUUCGAUUGGCCGCAAUUGUGAUAAGUUUGGCAUUGUUGUUCAUGAAUUGGGCCAUGUUGUUGGCUUUUGGCACGAACACACCCGUCCAGAUCGCGGCAACCAUGUUAUCAUUGAACACAACAACAUCAUGAAGGGACAGGAUUACAACUUUAAUAAAUUAACACCAGACGAAGUCGAUUCACUGGGCAUGGCUUAUGAUUAUGAUUCGAUUAUGCACUAUGCACGCAACACCUUCUCCAAGGGCACCUACCUAGACACCAUACUGCCCAUCGAAGUGAAGGGCAAGAAGAGGCCAGAAAUUGGACAACGUUUGCGUUUGAGUGCGGGCGAUAUUUCCCAGGCUAAUUUAUUGUAUAGAUGUCCUAAAUGUGGUCGCACAUUCCAAGAGAAUGCAGGCAUAUUUGCCAGUCCUUCGUACUAUACAGCCGGAGCUCUAACCAAUGAAACCGAACAUUGUGAGUGGCGUAUAACGGCCACACAUGGCGAAAGAGUGGUUUUGAAAUUGGAAAAUUUGAAUAUUUUCAAAUCGCUAAACUGCCAAUCAGAUUAUUUGGAAAUUCGUGAUGGCUAUUGGCACAAAUCUCCAUUGAUUGCUCGUUUUUGUGGCAAAGUUAGUACUGAAAUUCUAACAACCGUUUCCAGCCGCAUGCUGUUGACUUAUGUAAAUACUCAUCGUACCGAGGGUCAUCGUGGUUUUAAAGCUGAAUUUGAGGUCGUUUGCGGUGGAGAACUUUCUAUAGAUGAUUCCGAGGGACGUUUAGAGUCACCCAACUACCCUUUAGACUAUCUACCCAAUAAGGAGUGCGUAUGGAAAAUAACCGUGCCCAAAGGUUACCAAGUUGCCUUGAAGUUCCAAUCCUUCGAAGUGGAAAAUCAUGAUAGUUGUGUAUAUGAUUUUGUGGAAGUCAGAGAUGGACCCAGUCAAGAAUCACCGCUAAUAGGAGUAUUUUGUGGUUACAAGCCACCACCCAAUAUGAAAUCUACAGGUGACACCAUGUUUGUUAAAUUUGUCUCCGAUACCUCAGUGCAAAAGCCCGGCUUCUCGGCCACUUUCAUGAAGGAAGUCGAUGAGUGCGAAACCCAAAAUCAUGGCUGUGAACACGAGUGCAUUAACACUUUGGGUGGCUAUGAAUGCAGCUGUCAUAUUGGCUAUGAAUUGCACAGCGAUAAGAAACACUGUGAAGAUGCCUGUGGUGGUGUUAUAGAAUAUCCAAAUGGCACCAUUACCUCACCCUCUUUCCCCGAUACCUAUCCUGUAUUAAAAGACUGUAUAUGGGAAAUAAUAGCUCAACCUAAACACAAAAUCUCUUUGAAUUUUACCCAUUUCGAUUUAGAGGGUGCUACCCAUCACCAGUCGGAAUGUGGUUAUGACAAGGUGACCAUUUAUUCGAAAAUGAGUGAGAAUCGUUUGAAAAAGAUAGGCACUUAUUGUGGCAGUUCCAUACCACCCACGGCCACCUCGGAGGGUAAUGCUUUGAGGGUGGAAUUCCAUUCGGAUAAAUCGAUACAACGGUCUGGUUUUGCUGCGGUUUUCUUUACCGAUAUUGACGAGUGUUCUAUUAAUAAUGGUGGCUGUCAGCAUGAGUGCCGUAAUACGAUUGGCUCGUAUAUUUGUUCCUGUCACAAUGGUUAUUCGUUGCAUGAAAAUGGCCAUGACUGCAAGGAGGGAGAGUGUAAACAUGAGAUUUCAGCACCCUUUGGUACUAUUUACAGUCCCAAUUAUCCAGAUUUGUAUCCACCCAAUGCGGAUUGUGUUUGGCAUUUCUCAACUACUCCGGGACAUCGUAUUAAAUUGAUAUUCAAUGAGUUUAAGGUGGAAUCGCAUCAGGAAUGUUCCUACGACAAUGUUGCCAUAUAUGAUGGUGAUUCCGAAAGUAGUUCCAUUUUAGGACGUUUUUGUGGCGAAAAGAUUCCAUAUCCUAUAUCUUCAUCGACAAAUCAACUAUAUAUGGUUCUCAAGACAGACAAGAAUAAACAGCAUAGUGGUUUUACAGCCGUACAUUCGACAUCUUGCGGUGGUUACUUACGUGCCACAAAUCAAGUGCAGCAAUUCUACUCACACUCUCGGUUCGGCAAUCACAACUAUGAUACCAAUAUGGAUUGUGAAUGGACAAUACAGGCGCCACCUAGUAGCAAUGUACAAUUGAUAUUCCUGACAUUCGACUUGGAGAACAGUGAAAAUUGUACGUACGAUUAUGUGCAAGUGUUUUCGGGCAUGGAGGAUACAAGUGGACCCAUGUAUGGACAAUAUUGUGGCAACAUAAUACCUCAGGACAUUAUCUCUCUAACUGAUUCCCUGCUGGUGCGUUUCAAAACCGAUAGCACUAUAAUAAUGAAGGGCUUUUCGGCCUCUUAUGUGGCCGUUGAUCCCUUUGAAAAUAGUGAUGAAGAUCCCACAUCUUAUAGUUCGGAGAUGGUGACACCAUUUCCAGGUUCCUUAAAAUCUAUAUACAAAGAAGAGGAAUCCCAGGAGACCGAUGAUUACAAUGAUUUCAAUGAAAAUCAAUUAGUUAUUAAUAGUCCAUAUUAUACUCGCAAUCGAUAUCAAAAUAGAUAUUAAACCAAAAUUUUUCUUUAAACGUACACUUAGAGAAAAAUCAAAUGAACACGUAAACCAAAUAACAAUUUGACAAUAUAAUUGACUUUUUUUUAAAAAGAAAUAUUACUUUUUUGUUUAAAAUUUAUAUUAAAAAAAUAAGAAAGAAACAAAAUCAUACGUAUAAAAUUAUAUCAUUAUUAAACACUUAAGCAUAUCAGAACAAAAAAAAACUUUCACAAAGACUAACUGGCAAACAGCUAAUACAAGGCAGCAGUUUUGGAACUUCUCUAUUGUCUAUGAUAUGAAUGAAGAAUUUAAAAUGUAAUGAAAAUGUGUUGCUAAAACGAGUAUAUAUUUAUGAAUAUAUAUGUAUCAAAUUAAUACGAUUUACUUAAUGACAAGAAAAAAAAACAAAACAACAACUUUUUAUUUUUAAUUUAGUUUUACUAUAUUACAAUUAGAUGAGUUUUAUUUUAAGUUUUAGAUGGUAAUUUUUAAAUCUAUAUUAUAAUUAACUAAAUAAAUAAAUAAUUAAUUGUAAAGUAGUUAUAGACUGAGAAAAGAUAACACACACGAACAAAAUACACAAUUUUUUUAUUAAAGAACAAA